AGCGGCUAAAACGGGGGCGUUGUUUUGUGUAGGUGAAGUGGCGCGGCUGGAAGCGAGUCAGUAGUUCACCAGGAAACGCAGCGAGGCAGGUGUUCAGGUGAUGCCGGUGAGUGACUGCCGCGCUGGACUGACACACGACACCUGCUCCUUUUCGGCAUCAUGAGGAUCAUAACACGGCGCCGCGUGAAGGUGCGCGUCACUGUCAAACGCGGCGACGGAAGUGUGACGAGCAACGGCUGGGAGUACCAUAGAAAGCGGGAAGAGGAGGAGGAACACAGAAAACAGGCGGAGAGGGACGCCGAUGGAAGGGUGACUACACCAGAUGGAGGAAGGAAGAGUGACGGUCCGCCUCGUCCCUCCUCGCCUCCCACGAUUUGCGUUAGUCCUUACAGCCCGGUCCACGAUGGCAGCGACGUGGGGAAGGGAGGAGUGGAGGAUAUGGAUUACGCAGACGCCAGUAGGAGCUCUGCCUACGAGAGCGUGGAUGGAAUUUACGAGGACGUUCGGAAGAAAGGUUACAGAGUUCGCUUUGGGGAGGAGGAGCAGACGGAAGAAAACGGAAACCUGUAUUCUACUGGCGCGAUACCCAAGAGGAGUAGCUCUUCUAACUUAAUAGCAAUGGAGGAGGAAGAGAAGAAGACGACUGGAAGAAUCCCCAAGGCUGACAUAAACUACGGAUCAAAGGAGGACAACUUGUACGAACCGGUGGGCGAGACUGUACAUGUGACGCACGAGAACACCACUAGGAAACGUGAAGGCAGCCAAGACGGGACCAGGAAGAUUGAGGUCAUCCUAUCCUCGAGCCGCGAUGAAGAUGAAGAGGGCGACUGGGAGGAGACGAAAACGACCAACAAGAGGGAAAGAAGCAAAUCUAGGACGAGGGGAAAGGUGGAGGUGAAGUUUUCUCCUUGGCAGACAGGGGAGAGUAAGGAGGAGAGUCUGGCCGAGGCGUUCAGCAAGGGCGGCAGGAACGUGAGGGUGGAGCAAAACACAGAGUUGUCGUUCAGUGACAAGGAACCGACAGGCCGGGAGAAAACAGAGCCUACGAUCACUGAGGACGAUAGCGGUGAGUGUCCCUAUGAAAUCCACCACCGCUCUAACAUUCAAGUAAGCGCCGAGGACUUGUCUGACGGCGAGAAGCAAGGGGGCGCGAACACAGCCGGUGAGGAGGAGGUGGUGGGCAAAAAGAGGGUAAGCUCGAGUGGCUGGAAAUUGAGCGGCGAUAAACAUGAGGGAGACUUUAGCGAUGAGGAGGAAAUGACGUAUACGCGAGGCCGCCCCAGGAUGAAGAAGAGGUUGGUGGUGAGGGUGGACGGGCGUGGCCACCCGGACGCCCCACCUAACCUCCUCAAGACAUUCUGCAGGACGGUCGUCACUUUCGGAAGAGAGAGUGGCGGGUCUGUAGAGAAGGUCCACGACUCCUUUACCGACGGGAGGUCCAACGACUACGAUAAGUUAGAGGAUUCCGAUUCUUCUAUCAUCUUCCUCGAAACUUAUGGUGUUGAUCCACGACUGCUGAGAAACGACGACGCUGACGAAUACAGCGAAAGGGAAGCUGACCAAGGCACUUGUCCUGAAAACAACACAUCUUCCAUACACUCAUUGACAGAGUUUAGGCUCGAACUUGAUUCAGAGUCUCGGCAUUCUGUGGGCAGCGACGAAGGGACCUAUACAGACCACAGCUCGCAGACCGACACGUCCACCGAUACAUUGAUCUUGGAUGGUCCGCUGGCUCAGGCAGAUAUACCAGAUCCAAGUGAAUGUCCUUCAGAACUUGACGGAAAUACCAAACUAGACAUUAAUCCAAUAGAAACUGUAGGAGCACCUGAAGAACAGUUCGCCAAAAGAGAAACAGUGACUGAGAAGGAAAAAAUUCAAAGCGCCUCCACUGGAUAUCCAAACGACUUAAACGACUUUGACUCGUUCUUACAGAAGCAAUCUGAUGAGGACAGAAGCUCAGGAACUGGCUCAUUUUUCUCAAACUUUGAAGAGAAACUAGAACAAGCAGAGCGACAGUUCCCAGACUUGCAGGUUGAACACCUGCUGGCUGACGAAGAAAAGUUCGAAGAAGAGAGCAAUUCUAUUUCCCUCUGGGUUUCUAAGAAAACAGAAGCGGCAACACCAGAAACUAGUGAGGGCGAAAAAGAGCAGGAUUUUUUGCUCAAGUCACCUCAAGCCACCAAACUGGAGACCAAUAUGGGGCAAUACUAUUCAAGUGUGUCGGGCGCGGGGGCAUCGAAAGGCGGGGACGUUUCUGGCUCAUUACCAUCCUCGCCUCGGUCAUCAGAAGGAUGGCGCAUCUCCAUGGCCUCCACAGCCACUGUGGGCUCUUCGGCAACUGCUGGUUCAGACGACACAGUAGCGAAGGACAUGUCGGAACUGUCUUCUGUUAACUCCCGUCUUUCCGAUCUCGAUGACACCCAAAGUGGAGCGAAAAUUCCUCUUUCAACACCCACCGCUCCAGAUCCCAACGCCACACCCAAGGUAGCACCAGUGGCCGAACGAAAGAAGCAAACGAGUAUUAAGGACGCUAUAGACGAAUUAGAGAGUAUUGAACAAGCGGCACAAACCCUCUUGCUGAAACGGCAGUGUUCCAGUGAUGAGGAGAGACUCACACCAGUCCCAGGUAAAGACUCGCCCGUCCACCUGUUAUCCAGCUAUUCCAUCCUGACUGUUGAUAAGGCGAGCCCUCAGGGAAAGAGGAAAGUGACACCUAGUCCCCCUCCACCUCCGGGCUUCGCUGACCCAACUGAAGGCGACGCCAUAUCGGAUAAGAUGGAGAAAAGCCUUUCCUCUCUUGAAUCUUCCUUGAAGGACGUGAACAAACAGAAAUUAGACAGUCACUCGUCUUUUGUUAAUGGAAACUCAUCUCCCAAAGUAUCACGAGCUGAUAAGAGUGGUGAUGUGAAGUCUGGAGUAAAACCUCCUCUUCCUCCCAUUGCAACUCCAACUACCGUCAUUCAGCAACCUAAAGGGGACGUGAAGAGGCGGUUAUUGUCCAGGUCCAAGGAGGUGCAGCUUUACAUUUCCCGCGAGUCCUAUAACGAAGAACGAGUCUUGAGAGAGCUAGAGAAACUGCGACGCAGCUUCCAAGAAAAUGAUCUCAAUGAUUUUCUGGAUGCCCUUGACAACACUGCCAUCGAGGACGACAUUGAGGAAGCUUUCUUGAACCAACUGCUCGAGGAUCUCAGGGAGGACAUAGAAGCUUUACCGGAUGGGCCGCCAGACAAUACCACGCAAAAGGUAGACGAUGUAGUUAUGACAGAGUCGUCUUCUGAGGUGAGCAGUGACGAGGCUACGCGGGAGGCUCUUGGGUCACCCUCUGCCUCGAACAAAUUAGAAAGAGUGAGAGAAAAGAUUUCAGAGAGGAUCAGAAAACGGAAGGAGAGCAAAAGCAGUGACAGUGGAAGUUCUGAAGCAUCUGGAACACCCAAAGACGAAAAACACAGCGAAUCCUCCAAAGUGGACUCAACUCAAUCUGACACGCCCUUGCCAGACCAUUCACAUACGGCACAGGCAGACAAGAGUGACACUUCAGACACGUCUAGCCAAGUUCAAAUCUCAGAUGUGGCUAAAACUGAGGACACAAAGAAAGGUUUUAACAUUGCCCAGUUUCUGAAAAAAGGAUCACCUAAAUACCUUAGAAAGAAGUACAAAGAACGCAAGAAUCGUAAGUCGGACUUGAUAACUACAUCAGAGAGCGAAAGCGAAGACCCUGAAUGCUGUAAGAAGGAACCCAACGGAUCAGCGUUGAAGAGUCAGUCUAGUCUGAAGGGAAGUAACCGAUCCCUCAAUGGCACUCAGGACACGAAAAAAGAAGUUCGAUUUGAUCUUGACUCUGAUGCUCGAGGUAAGGACUUGGACUCAGCAGAGAGAGCCACUGGCGUUAACAUUGUUAAACAGUCAGAGCAGAAGAUUGUGCCUGGUCCAAUACUGGUGACAUGUGAAGCUCGGCGACAAGAAACGGUCGUUCUUAAGGAGUCGGAGGAGAGUGUUAAAGAGACCUCGGCGCAACCUCCACCAUCACAGCAAGUACGCUCUCCGCUACCAGCUGCUGUAGAGGACAUCAACAGCCGAGCAGAGUCUAUUUUACCAAAAUUACCAGAAAGAGUCAAGCCCCCAAGGAGGAAAAAGAUGAUUCCAACACCGGUGGAGGAACUCAGUAGGUCCCUACCAGACGCCAGUUCGGCCAUUAAGUCCGUAAAGGUGAUUGAUGCCAGGACUGAAUUUCUAAAGAACAUGACUGCAGGAAAGGACGAAUCGCCGCCACCUCUUCCUCACUACGAAGUAAAUCUUAAUGCCCCCACGUCUCCAUCUGCUGCUGUGGUGGAAAACGAAGAGGUCCCAGAAACAUCAGAAAACAAGACUGUUCGUACUACUCAGAAUGAGAGUCUCCAACCACUCGAGAGAGAAGUCACUACUCUUCCUGACGCCAACAUUGCCUCUGCACCGCUGCAAUCACUCUCUUUCACCACAGCGUCUCAAGAGGUGGCUUCGUGCUCUUCAUCACAAAAGGACGUCUUGGUGACCACUGCGACACCAUCCCAACUAAUAAUUAGUGAAAGAAAUGUGUCCUCCAUUGAAGAAAGCAUGGUGGCUCCCAUCCCAGUGACCUCUGUAGCUCCGAUAUCUGUAGCGUUGCCCGAGGCCACCAAAGUAGUUUGUCCUCCGAGAAGUCUUCUUCUUCCAGUUAUUCAAGAAAGUGUGCAUGAGGACCAAACCUCCCUCCCCACCCCUAGCGAGCCCACUACUGUCUCCUCCAGCAGCUAUGGAGACAGCACGCCCGCCACACCUCCAUUUGAAGACGAUAAAUUGCCCUCACUUUACGAUAAUGUCAACCCAUUCAAAGAAAUGCUAGAGCAAGAAAAGAUGAUGAAAGUUGGUGCUUCUGCAGAGCCCAUCCAUCCACCAGAAAACCAGACAAAGGUGGCGACAGAGACCACAAGGCCUGGAUCAGUAACCCCCACCAAUGAGCUCGAGGACCUCAGUCUUCCGCAGGCAGCUCGCAAGAGCCCUGAACCCGAGAAGGUUGAGGUUGUUGAUAUUGAUGCUUUGGCGGCGCUCACUGCAGAGAUGUUCAAGUUUGCCGAGGAAAUGGAGAAAGAAAUUCCAAAGAAGAGUACCAGGCCGCCUUUUAGGGGAAAGACUCAUGCUAGUAGGCGUGACGCGGACACUUACACUUCACCAAUAAGUGUGGUGACGAAGGAAGUUGGUACUGAACCGGAGAUGAGUCAACAUCCAAUCUUGAAGGAAAGAAGGAAAAGUAAUACUGUCGGCAUACAGACGGACAACGCAAGAUCUGUACGUACAUAUGAAGCAGCUUCCCAGACUGAUACUGAAUACGAAACUGAGACAGAAUCUGAGAUGGAAGAUAACCAACAAAAGAAAUAUGAUGCUAGUAAAUGGACGUUUGGCCCAGUGAGGGAGCAAACAUUGCCGCUGCCGUCUUCUGCCGAGCCGCAGUUGGGUCACCUGCACCAGCAGCAGCAACGGCUGAUCCAAGAACUGCAGAAGAAAACUGUGAUGCACCAGCAGAAAGAGAAAGCAAAGCCUAAGAUACCGCCAAGGAAAUAUCAGGACAAAAUGCCUCUCAAAGUUGUGGCGGAGUUGAAGAACGUGCUGUCGGACCUCGAGGACUACAAGCCGACACCAAGCAGGGUAGUGGAGCAGCCUCCGCGCUGGGAUUCUCAACUAACGUGGCCUCACGCCCGGUAUGGCGGCUACAUGUCCGAGCCGGAGGGGUACGACUCAGACAUUGGUGGUGGCACCCUGCGGUACGCCACGGUGGACCGCCGUCGCGGACCCCAGUAUGAGGCAGACCCCAUGACCUCCAGUCUCCCUAGAGAGUGCCUGAUCGACCUGGACCCGUACGACAGGAACACGAGCCGCUACGUGCACCAGCCAGGCCGCAUCGAGGACUACGUGCCCGGAUACUCCUCACUCGCCGAGAAGGAGCUGAAGAGGGACGUCGCUGUGGUGGACGUGAGUACGAGGAGCUACAAGAACCCGGACGCUGAUGUUAAACUAGAGUCCCAAUCCCAGGAGCCGCCGCCGGUGUCCGUCAAUCAUAGGUUUGGGUCGCAGAUGAUGUCAAUGACCCAUGCCUUGAAAGAAUCAGGAUACGAAAGCGACAGCACACUAGUGUUCAAGAAGCGAGAGGACGCCCGCCGCCUCGCCCCCGACCCUCGCAAGACCAGCCAAGUGUACCGCCAGAUCCAGCGAGGAGGCGACAUCCCCAUCACUGGCCUGCAGAAACCCAACCCUCCGAAGCCCAAAGAGCCCCUGAUUGGUCCUCUACCGUUCUCUUACCUGUCGGCGGCGCAGCGGUCACCACCCGCUCGGCCAGAGUCCCCGUAUAAGUAUGAGUCCGGGGAGGUGAAUAUCCACUACCGCACCCCAGUCAGAAUAGAACAGAAGGAGUCCAUCCCUGAGGAGGAGCUCGCCCGCCGUCAGGAGGAGCACAUGAAGAAAGUGUACGAGAACGAGCGGCGCAAGAAAUACCUCGCCGAGCUGGAGGACAUAGAGCGCCGGAGACACACCGACAACUUCACGCCUCUCCAGAAGUCUCCAAUCCCGCUGAACCGCUACGAUGACGAGAGCAGCCUGGGCACCAUGCGGGGCGUGCGCACCCCAGAUCUCAAGCAGGUGGCAAAGGCAUUGUAUAAUUUCUCUGCACAAAACAAGAGGGAAAUUUCCUUCAACAAAGGUGAUGUAGUAUUCAUCCGUCGACAAAUAGAUAAGAAUUGGUAUGAAGGAGAGCACCGGGGGUCAGUUGGCAUCUUCCCGUGCAACUAUGUGGAGAUUGUGCCUUAUGACAGCAUUAGAACACUGACCCGAAAGCCAACUGAAGGCCAGGCCAGAGCCAGAUUUAAUUUCCAAGCUCAGACAUCCAUGGAGAUGUCACUCAGUAAAGGAGAGCUGGUUGUCUUAACUCGACGUGUUGAUGAAAACUGGUAUGAGGGAAGGAUAGGAAACCGCAAGGGUAUUUUCCCUGUGUCCUACGUUGACACCCUGAUGGAGCCUGGAGCAGACCGUCCCUUGACUCCCAGCUCCUCGCCCAUGCCACGGCCCGCCCUGCCCGCAGCUAACCUGCUCUACAAUGGUGCCUCUUCCUACUCCAGCCCCUACUCCACCUUGGGGCGACCGGGAAGUCAAAAUGAUUCCAGACCUUACCACCAAUCCCUCACUGUCAACACCCAGCAGGAGCCUGUCCCGUAUCGAGCACUUUACAAUUACAAACCUCAAAAUGACGAUGAGCUGGAACUCCUGGAGAAUGACCUGGUGAUGGUGAUGGAGAAGUGUGACGACGGUUGGUUUGUGGGCACCUCCCGCAGGACCGGCCUCUUCGGCACCUUCCCCGGGAACUACGUGGAGAAAGUAUGAGUGAGGCCUCGACACAGGACAGAGCUGUAGCUUUACCACAGACUCAUUAACUAUCAAGAUUGUUUGCUUUGCUACUUCUGAUGAUGCCAUUUUUGUAAAUAUAUAAAGACCCAAAGAAUAUUUUUUAUGGUUACAAUACAAACUUGCUUUGUAAUCUCAAUAUAGUGAACAGUAUGAGAUUAACUAGGAAUUUACUAUAUUUCAAACAGUUUGCCUUUUGGAUUCUUGGGGACCGAGGCUUUUAAAGACAGUCGGCCUACCAUAACCUAUUGCUGUGGUUGUCUGAGUUUUUGUGGUAUUCCAAGAGCAAAAGAGCAUGCUGGAUUCAUGAUGUCUGAGUACUGAAGGGCAUAGAGAUGUUACCGUGAAGGUGUGUGUGAUGUGCUGAGUUGUACACUGCCCUGGCUUGUCAGGAGGUCAUAUUCAAACCUUUAUAGCUCUUUAACAGUUCUUGUGUGCCAACAUGUUCAUAAGGGAAAAUACAAGGAUGAUUUCAUGCAUUUCAUGAUUGAUUUUCAUAUAACAUGACUUAAUUAAUGGCUAGAUUUUGAUAAUGAAGACAAAUCUGUUAUGGUAAAGUGAAAGCAGACUUUCUCUCUAUAUGUGAACUAUACAGUGUGUCCAGGUCUCAGCAUGAAUGAUGUAUUAAUAGCCUGUGCAUUUGCUUAUCAAAAAUGGCACACACACACACACACACACACACACACACACACACACACACACACACACACACACACACACACACACACACACACACACACACACACACACACUGUCCUUCAGUAACCAAGCUCGUCCUUGAGAGGUUCAUCUGGAAGUGGACAUGUUAUGAGGAUCAGUUCAGGUUUUGCACGCGUCUAGUCACACCCAAAGUGAAGUUAAUCAGAACAAAAAAAUGAUUCUAUAUAGAUGUCUUGUCACCAUGUGCUGGUGCUUUCCUCUGGUGAUGUGUGGAGCAAAAUUCAUAUGGAGCAAAAAAAAGAUGAUUAAGUACCUUUAGUCACGCACACUUACCGGUGCAAAUGUUUACUUCACAGGCUUUGCUGGGAUGCACCACUUUCAACUUUUCUUUGUCUUGGAAUAAUAAUGUGCAGUCUUAAAAUGCUCCUGGCUUUCUUUUCUUAUAUUCUUCUAUGUUUGUUUAUUUAGUUUAUCCACCUCAUUUAGGCAUGGUAGAUACUGGAGUGAACAUGGCAUAUGUAUGUUUGUAUAUGUAUGUAUGCCUUUCUCUGGAUAUGAUACUUACAAUAUUUCAUCUCAUUUCUUCACAUUCAUCUUUCAGAUUUAAUAAUUUUAUGAAGACUAAAUGGACAUUAGAUUACCCUUAAAAUUAGAUAAAAUGUAUAUGCAUUUUUCCAGAGAGUGAUAAGGAAGGAUUCGCAUCACUGCCAAGGGAAUAACUAUUGUUUUCAGAUGUUAUGUUUAAGUCACAUCUCAUAUUUUUAGUACUGUAUUCCACAAAGAUACAGCCCAGCUAAUGCAGCAUCAAGGUUAUAAAGUAUUUUUGUUAUGUAUACAUAUAUCACAAAUAUGUAAUUACCUACCUAGAGCUUUAAAAGUUGGCCAGAUAAUAGAAGUGUUGUUAAUUGAAACCAUGUAUCACAUUCGUUACUUUUCAACUGUGCAACCUUCCGCUAUCCUUUCUGGAGGGAGAUAACCACAUGGUGUGGGUCGUGUGGCCAACUCACAUUAUAAUUAGUCAGUCUUCUUCAUAAGGAGACAAAAGAAAUUUUGCACAGUCAACAUUAAUGUGUAUAUCCACAAAAAAAAAUAUAAAUUUUCUGAAGGAAUCAAUUAUCGCCUGUGCUUCCGUGUCAAUCUUCCGUUUGUGACUUGCAUCAGCUGUUACAUUGUAAAGAUAAAGUUAUGUGCUGCUGUCGUACAGGAAUUCUUAGCUUUACGGAGUAACGUAUCAGUGACUGUCUCACACACUUCCCGUCACAAUCCAUUCUCUCACGUCUGUCUGUCAUGAGCCUCAUGUUCAACAGUUAUGGAGUUGCACUGGGUAUUAAUGCUAUGCAGUUCCUCACCUCCCACAUGCCCAUGACUUGCCGCUGUGUAAAAGACACCCAGCACAGUGCUGCGUCGCCACGCUGAGACUAUUUGGACGUGUAGUGGCAGUCAGUGUAUGAUCAUGUGAGCGGUGAAUGACUGUGUAUGUAACUUGUAAGGACAAUUAGCCUUGAUGGGGUGUGAUUAUAUCUAUAUAUAAAAAAGGCUUCCUGAUGUUGAGUACAUAUAUGCCACACUUUUCAGGUAGAUUUUUAGUUGAAUCAACCACACUUACAUAGCAAGACUUUCCCUCCCACCCCUCUCUGAACAGUGUGAAGUGCAAGAUUUUUUAAACAGUCAAAUCAAGUGCCUUUCUGUGGUAGAUGGAAUACUGAACUGUUUUUGUCCCUGGAGUUUGACAGUAUCUGUCUUGCCCCACAGUGUAUUAUUUACUGUCAUGCCCCAAAGUUCCUUCAACAUUAAGUGAUGAAGAAAAUCUCAAAAAACUUUCAUUAUGGGGAACUGUGGGCUUUUCACUCCUGUAUAAUUCUUUUCCUGUUGUUAUGCACAAUUUACUUUAGCUUAUCACGUAGACUAUAAUAAAAUGAUGAUUAAU